GGCGUCGGGGCAACAUGGGGAUCUUUCUUUGUGCCGAAGAAGAGUGGCAAGCUCAGGGUCAUCUUCGACGCUCGCCUGGCCAACUGCGCGUUGGUCGAUGCGCCCCGCGCCCAGCUGCCGUCGGCACCAGCCUGGGGGCGCCUCGAGUCGGGCGACGUUCGGUUCUACAUUGCCUCGGCGGACCUCGACGUGGCCUUCUACCGCGCGCGGGUCCCGGAGGGCAUGGGGGAGUACCCCGCGUUGCCGCCGAUUCCCGUCAAGUAUCUCUCGUCGCACGGGAUCGCAGUGGCGGGGGUGGAGGGCGAGUCGCUUUUGUUGCCUCAGGUUGUCGUGCUGCCGAUGGGCUUCAGCUGGGCCUUGCACCUAUGCCAGGCGGUUCUUCAGACAUCCUUCGGUCGUGCAGGUUUCUCGCCUAGCGACCUGAUCCUUGACGGCCACUGCGGCUGCCAGCUCACCGACGACCCUGAUUAUGUCGUGGGUGCCGGCUGCGUGGACAACUACUUCGUCCUCGGCGGCUCCCCACAGACGGUGAGCGCUCGGCUGCAGGCCAUCGCGGAGGACUCGACGCGCCACGGGCUCGCUGUGCACGAGCUCGAGGCGCCUUCCCAGGGCCGCGACUUCUUGGGGCCGUCGCUGCCCGAGGGGCGCUGGCUCAGCCUCAGGACCCGCAACAUCUGGAGGCUGCGCGCCGCCAUCCGCGCGGCGCUCCGGAGGCAUGUUAUCAACGGCUUAUUGCUCCGCGUGCUGACGGGUCACAUCACUUGGCCCCUGCCGUUGCGGAGGGAGCUGCUGUGCAUCCUAGGGGCGACCUACGCCUACAUCGAGGCCACUGGGCGAACUGCUGCCCCGCUCUGGCCCACCGUCCGCCACGAGCUCCAGCUAAUUCACGACCUGCUGCCGCUGUGCACGGCGGGCCUUGGCGCUGCGUGGCACGGGCGAGUCGCCUGCGCGGACGCCUCGCCUUUUGGGCUGGGCGUCGUUGCUCGCCGCGCCCCAAAGGACCUCGUGGGCGCCAUCGGGGGCGUCGCUGAAAAGUGGAGGUGCGAAGUCGAGGGCGGGGCUCAGGCAAGGAGUAGGACGGCCGGGCUCAACCUCGAUGCUUCGGGCGCGCCGCUCGGGGACGUCGUCGCUGAUCUCGGGAAUGACGCUCGUGUAUCUGGUGAUGGGGUCGAUGACUACUCGUCGUUCGUGGACGUCCAGGGCGGGGCCCUCGCGGGCCCGUGGGAGAUGCAGUCGCCAGGGCCCCCCAGGGACACCGACAAGUCGAUCCUGGACGUGCGACCUGCCGUGGACAUCGAUGAG